CAUGGAAGUCUAAUAAUCUUUGACUGUUUGUGUUACUGGUGCUGCAGGAUAAAUUGCCUACAGUUUUAUUCCUUUGCUUUUGUCUGGUUAAGUUUUUGGAUAGGUUAAAAUAAAUUUGAGAUUAUUGGAUAUUCCUAAGAUGGAAACAGCAUUGAAAGGAGUUGUCAUGGAAAUUGAAGACUGUGCAUAUCCUUUAAUUGGAGAUAUAUAAACAGGUUCAAAUCCUAAAGAGUUAUUCUAAAAUUGUGAUUUAAUUGGUAAUUCUAAAUUUUAUUGUAGUAUUUUUGGGAGGAUUUCCUCGUUUACCAGGAAUGGAAAGAAAGGAUUUAUUACAAAAAAAUGCCAAUAUUUUCAAAGAAUAAGGAGAAGCAUUAUAGGAAGUAGGAAAAGAAGAUGUAAAAUGUGUAGUUGUUGCCAAUCCUGCAAAUACAAAUUGUUUAAUUUUAAGUAGAUACGCAACUAAGUAUAUUAUUAAUUUUAACUUAGAAUUCCUCGUUAAAAUUUUACUUGUUUGACUCGUUUAGAUUAGAAUAGAGCAUAUGCUUAAGUUGCUUUAACCUUAAACAAACCAUUAAAUAGUCUUAAGAAUAUCAUUAUUUGGGGAAAUCAUUCUACUACUCAAUAUCCUUCAAUUGAACAUGCUACAGUUGAAGGAUAAUCUUUUGUAUUACCAGAUUAGGGACAAUUUAUAGAAAGAAUUUAAAAGAGAGGAGCUGAAGUUUUGAAUGCUAGAGGCAAUAGUAGUGUUUUCUCUGCUGCUAAUGCAGUUAAAGGUAUAAAUUAUUAAUUAAUAAUUUUAGAUCAUAUAAAAGAUUGGUAUAAUGGAAGAGAGGAUACUUUAUUAUCACUUGGAGUUCUUUCAAAUGGUGAAUAUGGAGUUUAGAGUGGUUUGUGUUUUUCAUAUCCAAUCAGAUGUCUUGGAGCUUUUAAAUAUGAAAUUGUUGGAAACUUAUAGUUGAGUGACUUUUCUAAAUAAAAACUCAAAGUAACAGAAGAAGAACUUAUACAAGAAUAAGGUUUGGCAGAAUCUAUUUGAA